AAAGUGACCCCCUUUCAGCCGGUGCCGUCCACCGGAACCAGAACAUGGCAACCUGGCGUCCACCGGGCGUACUUCCUCUGCGCUCAAACUGAGUUGUUGGUGAAAGUUGCCCGUCAGGAGGAAAGUUUCUCUGGACCGGACAGCAUGCGCUCCUUAGCGGGACUAACUGUCAUCGUGGCGACUGCAAGUGUCUACCUCUACCUGCUGUCGACGCACCUUCCCCCGGGGCCGACGCACCUUCCCCCGGGGCCGACGCACCUUCCCCCGGGGCCGACGCGGCUCCAGCCGGGGCCGACGCGGCUCCAGCCGGGGCCUGAGCUGGAGGGAGAGGCCGUCCGAGAGUACAGGCUGAAGUUCCCAUCAGACCUGAAGUCACUACAGGAACUGGCCAAGACGCUUAAGUUCUACAAAACGGAGAACUACAGCUACGUUCUGCUGCUGUUCUGUAGCGCCUACCUCUAUAAGCAGUCCUUCGCCAUACCUGGCUCCUCCUUCCUGAACAUGUUGGGGGGGGCGAUUUUCGGACCCUGGGUGGGUCUGAUGCUGACCUGCUUGCUCGCCACUUUCGGCUCCACGUUCUGCUUCCUGUUGUCCUCGGCGUUUGGGAAGCAGUAUGUGGUUCACUUCUUCCCAGAGAAAGUGGCUCUGCUGCAGAUGAAGGUGGAAGAGAAUCGUAGCAGCUUAUUCUUCUUCCUCCUCUUCCUUCGUUUCUUCCCCAUGACUCCUAACUGGUUCCUUAACAUCACCUGUCCUGUCCUCAACAUCCCUCUAUCCAUUUUCUUCUUCUCUGUAUUAAUAGGUUUAAUCCCUUACAACUUCAUCUGUGUGCGUACGGGCUCCGUCCUGUCACAACUGUCCUCUUUGGACGACAUCUUCUCAUGGGGGACGCUGGCUCAGCUGCUGGCCAUUGCGCUCAUGGCUCUGCUACCCGGAGCGCUCAUCAAACGUUAUGGUGCCGCUCACCUCAAGCUGGAUGGCGUCGCCAGCAAUGGAACCGGCCGGGACAGAAAGAGCAGAUGACCCUGAAUGUUAACGAUGCUCAGGUAGAGAUGGACACUUGUGACCUCCAGACCUCUGCAUGUCACUCUGGAGACUCCAGACAUUCAGGGUGGUAUUUCUUUUGAAUUUGUGUUUUUAUCAGGUUGUGCUUCAUUAAUAUGAACUUAUUGUCUUAAAGCACCUUACUGUGGUGAAAAUCCUCUUCUUUGAAUGGAUGGAAAGUCACAUUUUGCAAGAAAUUGUAAUUAUUUUGCACAGAGUUGAUUAAGUGUUCCCUUCGAGAUGAACAAAUCUUUCUGUUCCUGUUAAAGACCUGAUGCAUGCACCGCAAAAACUCUAAAUAUUACAAAGUAUUUUUGUCUAGUAAACUUAAAAUCAGACAUACGGAUUCACAAAUAAGUUCUGAAAAAGAUAUAUGAGCUUGUUUCAGGUAAAUAACCUGUCAAUAUUAAAACAAUGGAUUCAUUCCAUUGGCAGAUUAUUUCUUGUUAAAAGUGGAGAAAUCUGCCAGGGGAGCUAGUACUUUUUCAUAUACAUAUAGUCAGUACAAAAACUUAUACAACUUACUGAGAAGUUCUUGUAACGUGAAAUAAGAAAAAAAGAAAAUAUUUGCUGUAGAAGCUAGAGAACGACAUGAGAUGUUUUUGCAGUGAGCUAACGUUGCUAAUCAGGAUUAGCUUCAUCAUCACUUGUUCUGCAGUUUGUUGAAUGGAUUUAUGUGUUUUCACUGUAAAAUGGAAGAGGUUUUAUUACAGUGACUCCAAGUAAAUGUAGUUUUUCAUAGAAAUAUUCAACAAGUUGUUUUUUUACUUUAUUUUUUCUGUCAUUUUUAUAAUUUAAAUUGCUUCUUAAGAAUAUUAUUAAAUGGUUAUUGAUUAUUAUUUGGCUACAUGUUCAAAAACACAGACUGUUAUAAAGUCUUUUAAUUAUGAUUUUGCAUUUAUCAGACAUAUUUUACUAACACUUAGACAUAAGCCAGUAGAUUUCAGAUGUUAUAAUGUAACAUCUAAAUUCAGUCUUCUUCUGAAUUGGUUGUUUCUGAUCAAGCAGCGGAUUUCUACAAAUGUUUUUUUUUACAUGUUAUCCUGUCAUGACACAUAUAAUAUAAAAAAUACUUUGAAUAAUUAUUUACUGCAGCUUUAAGGGCUGACUGUUUAAAUCAGGAGUUAAUGAGAUGUAAUUAUAUAAAAAUAAAAACCUUGGAGUUAGAAUUUUAUUUUGUGCAGCACUAUUUAAAAUAUGAAUAAAUAAUCAUGUCAGACUGAUUAUUGCUGCAAGUAAAAGUAUAAAAAGUGCAAGCAUGAAAAGUGUUCAAAAAUAUAUAUUUUUAUAUUAUGAAAAAUGUGCUCAAACACAUUAGAUGUAAACUCAUCUGGGAUUUAUGAAUCUGGCUCCAGAUGUUUCCUUCUGUUCUGAUUUUAAAACUAACAAUGUUUCUGUUUUUACAUGUUUUUUCUGAUUGUGUUCAUUGCAGCUGUCUAAAUUUAAUAGUGGCAAACCUGUUUUGGUUUGUUUCCAUAUUUACAGUGUUGUAGUCAAGUUACUCUUAUCAUGUUUUCUUAAAGAACUUAAACAGAUCUUAAGGUAGCUGGAUCUGUCCUGUGAAGGAGUGAGAAAGAUGAAGUAAAUGCUUGUGACUGAGCUACCUUAGGUUUGAUUUCAUCUGAUUCUGUUCUAUUUUAUUAACAGCACCUGGACAUUUUGAAUUCCCAUCAUGAAGUGAGUCUUCGCUCUGAUUCACUCUGCAGUCGUUAAUAUGGCUGCAAAAACUUCUGAUAUUUUCCCAAGUUAACAUCCUUCUGACCUUCUUUUGCCACUUAAAUUAAACUCGGUGGUUGCAAAAUUACAUCAUGGAGAACUUUCUAUGUGAAAUGCAGUUUUUCAGAUAGGUUUGGGAUUAUGACUUUUAAAGGGAAAUAUGAAAAUGCCACAUUUCAAAUUUGAAUGGUUUCAUAAUGCUUCAUAAAACACAAGGCACUUUCUUUUA